AUGGCACCGAAAAAACAGUCGAAAAAGUCUAAUUCAAGUACUGGUGUCACCUAUGUUGGCAAUGUAAAAAGCAAAAAGCAGGCCGAAGAGGAUGAAUUUGAGAAAUUUUUGUCGGAUCUUAGCAAGGUCACUAAAAAGGCGGAUUCGCAGAAGUCAAAGCAAGAUCUCCAGAGCGGGGGGGCGCAUAAGCCGAGGGCGACACACCCAGUUGUGCUAGGAAAAAAAAAACAGAACGACGUUGAGGCAGCGCUACUUAGUCAGCAGCGGCAGAUCGAAUUCAAACAGCUCUUUAGGGAGCUCAUGAUGCGGUCUGUGUUGCUUGAGAAGCCUGACACUACCUUUCACGGCGAGGUCGUCAAUGAAAACCCGAAAUUUGAAGUGGCUGUAGGGAGCAUGCAGGGCUGGCGUAUCAACAUGGAGGAUGCUCACUUUGUUAAAGUAGACUUUCCAGUCCAUGGCAAUUUCGGUGAACAGGCCUUAUUUGGUGUGUUUGAUGGCCACUUGGGCAGGACGUCUGCUGAUCGGUGCAGUAACUUGCUUCCUGAGCUUGCGAAGAAGUAUUUCGACUCCGAGAGUGACCGUAUUGACUUUGAUGCCGCCUUCAUGGAUCUGGAUCAGUGCCUAGCUGAUGAAAAAAAGGAUGAUUCCGGUUGUACUGCCAUAGUGGUGCAUGUGACUGCCAGCCAAAUCACCUGCGCGUGGGUGGGGGAUUCCAGGGCGGUGCUCUGCCGCAAUGGGGCCGCCCUUGACCUUUCGUAUGAUCACAAGCCCGAGCUGAAGUCGGAACAAGAGAGAAUUGUCGCGGCAGGGGGAUUCGUGCAGGACAACCGUGUCAACGGUCAGUUAGCUAUGAGUCGCGCAAUGGGGGACUUUACCUACAAAACAAGGAAGGACCUUAAUGCCAGGAAACAACAGGUGAUUGCGGUUCCCGAUGUCAUGACAGUGGAGCGAGACCAUGAGGUCGAUGCCUUCGUCGUCCUAGCCUGUGAUGGCAUUUUCGAUGUAUUGACGAACGAGCAGCUUAUUACGUUUAUCAUGCUACGAAAAUCCGAAGGAUUGGGGAAUGAGGCCAUAUGUAAGGCCGUAUGCCAGCAUUGCCUGGCACCCUUGGGUGAGGCCAAGGGACAGCCGGCACGACCUGACGGGACGGAUAACAUGUCUAUUAUUAUAGUUGAUCUGAAGUAG